AUGAUUAUGGCUCUGUUCUUUCUCUAUACCAGGAGAAGGAUGCAAGACUUACGCUGGGGAAACCAUAGCUCUCUUACUGAGUUUAUUCUUUUAGGAUUCUCUCGUAACACAGAGAUAAAUGUUAUUCUAUUCAGUGUCUUCCUCUUCCUCUACCUCAUCACUCUUCUGGGCAAUGGGCUUAUUAUCACCUUGAUACGCAUGGACUCCCGCCUCCACACACCCAUGUACUUUUUCCUCAGUGUCCUAUCUAUUAUGGAUAUGGGCUAUGUCACCACCACAGUGCCCCAGAUGCUGGUACACCUGGUUUGCAAGGAGAAGACCAUCUCCUACAUUGGAUGUGUGGCGCAGAUGUACAUCUUCCUGAUGCUAGGAAUCACUGAGUCUUGGCUUUUUGCAAUCAUGGCUUAUGACAGGUAUGUGGCCAUUUGCCAUCCCCUGAGGUAUAAAGUCAUUAUGAGCCCUUUGCUAUGUGGGUCAAUGGUGGCCUUCUGUGGAUUCUGGGGUAUCAGCUGUGCCCUGAUAUACACUGUCUCUACUAUGAUUCUUCCCUAUUGUGGUCCUAAUGAGAUCAAUCACUUCUUCUGUGAAGUACCUGCAGUCUUGAAGUUGGCCUGUGCAGACACAUCUCUCAAUGAUCAGGUGGACUUCAUCUUGGGCUUCAUUCUUCUGUUGGUCCCACUCUCCCUCAUCAUCAUUGUCUAUAUCAAUAUUUUUGCUGCCAUCUUGAGAAUUCGCUCAGCCCAAGGGCAGCUCAAGGCCUUUUCCACCUGUGCCUCCCACAUUACUGUUGUCACUAUGUUCUCUAUACCAUGUAUGGUUAUGUACAUGAGACCUGGUUCUGAAUCUUCCCCAGAAGAAGAUAAGAAGUUGGCUUUAUUCUACAACAUCAUCUCUGCCUUCCUCAAUCCUAUCAUCUAUAGUCUUAGGAACAAAGAUGUGAAGAGAGCUUUCCUCAAAGUGACAGGCUGGGGUAAAGCAACAGAAUGAAGUCACAGAAGCAUGGGUACCAGCAACAAACCCGGGACACAUCCUACAUGGCUUCUCCAUCUAAAUUCUUUCCAACAUCCAAUGGGCACACAUGACGUAUUAAUGGGUUAGUCUCAGUAA